AUGCCGUUGGUUGUCUUUACGGGAGAAUUGUGACGUUACGUAAAACCAUUAGCUACCACUAUCGCUCAAGCCUUGACGAAAAGUGGAAGAAGCAUUUGUUUACUAAUCGUUGUAUACCAUUCGCUAGUAUGGCUGUUAUUUUGUUAGUUAGUCUUGUUACUAUGUUCCUCGUUCAACCGUGGUCUGUAGAUAAUCCUACUGUAGAACUAAAAGAACUAGAAUUUGUAUUUGAUCCUACUGAAUUGGAAUUUAGUGAUCCUGAGGAUUCUCCAAGGUUUGGAAUUGUAUCAUGGAAUCAAUUUUAUAAAGUUUCCAUGGUUUUCGUGUUAAUCGUUUGUGCUGUGCUCUGGCUAUUAUGGGGAAGAUGCAAUGAUGAAUUCCAGGAUAGUUUUGACCAUAGUACCAACAAUAUUGAAGACCUAGAUAUUGAAGAGUUAGAGGGAUAUGUAACAAGCUUCUUUUACCUCAAUGAAGAAAACUGGGACGACAUUAUGAGAAAUAUUCAGAUGCUUAUAAAAGGCUAUGAUCAAUGACGAAGAUGGCUAUAUAUGACAGUGAUGAUUUU